AUGUCUAGUCAUCGCUGUAGAUCACUUCUGGAUGCACGUAGUGCCAUAUGUGGUAUUACCAAUGAACAAGGUAAAGCAGAAGAAGUUAUUAAAGAUUUUAAAGUGGCAAAUCCAACUUUUCCAUUCUCUGAAUCCGAUUUUAUUCUUCACAAUUGGCUCACUUUAUAUUGCAACAGUAUGGUUGAUCAAGUAAAAAAGAAAAAAAUCAAUGAAGCAAAGAAACAAGGCCUUGCACCACUACUACCAAAGAAGAAUAUUCAACUUCCACCACAAAAGCAUAAAAUAGAAGAUGCAAAGAACAUUCUUAAUGAAGUAGCCGAUGAUCGUAAAUUAAAAGACAUAAAAAACAUUCUUAAUGAAGUAGCCGAUGAUGUACAAGAUUCCGAAGUAUAA